AUGGUACUUACAAGCGAAGAAAUAAACAUCAUUGUUUAUAAAUAUCUACAAGAAUCUGGUUUUCGACAUACAUCGUUUGCCUUUCAAUUCGAGAGCCAAGUUGAAAAGUCCACUUAUCGUGACGCCCCCAUACAGCCUGGAGCACUGAUAAAUAUAAUUCAUAAAGGUCUGCAGUUCAUGGAAAUAGAAGCACACAUGAAUGAGGAAGGCGAAUUGGUGGAAUGCAAUGUGCCAUUUUCUCUUCUAGAACCGCAUACAUGUCACGUCAGUACAGACGAUGCUGAAAACGAGCCUACAAUUCCUUCAUCCAGUAAAUCACAUGCGUUGCCUAACAGCAGUACAGCAGCAGCAUCUUCAACUACAGCGGCAACCACUACCACUUCGACGAAGAGAAAGAGCAAAGAGGAAAAGAGGCAGCAAAAAGAUAGAGAAAAGAGAGCCAAGAAAGAGGCUUUAUUAGAGGAUGAAGACAUGCCAAUAAACAAUCGCGUGAAAGAGGAGUCAAAGAACGAGAAUUCACUCGUCGAGAAAAAGGCCAACGGCACUUCUACAACAUCAUCUUUAGCAGCAGCAUCCCAAGCAGUAGCAAGAGAUAUGGACGAGGAAAUGACAGAAGUACAAUCAAACAGUACGGAAAUUAGACCUGAAGACGUCGUUAUUCUCCAAGGCCACCAAAGUGAAGUAUUCUCAUGUGCUUGGAAUCCAAUCGUAUCAUCACUUCUUGCAUCAGGUUCUGGAGAUGCCACAGCCAGAUUAUGGGAAGUGCCAGAAGAAAGAGAAAAGCCAACUGAACCCAUUGUAUUGAACCAUUUGCCCAACAUGAACGACAAUAAGGAUGUUACAACUUUAGAUUGGAAUCCAACGGGAAGUUUGUUGGUGACAGGCUCAUAUGAUGGUCAAGCACGUAUAUGGACACAAAAAGGCCAAUUGCGUUUUGUAAUGGGACAUCAUCGUGGCCCCAUCUUCUCUCUCAAGUGGAAUAUGUUGGGAGAUCUCGUAUUGAGUGGAAGCGCAGAUACAACAACCAUUGUUUGGGAUCCUGAGACUGGAGAAAUGAAGCAGCAAUUUGAGUUGCACACUUUGGCUAUUCUUGAUGUUGAUUGGAUGGAUAACACAACAUUCGCAUCGUGCUCAUCAGACAAAACUAUAUACGUUUGCAAAGUUGGAUCAGCAAAGCCAUUGAAAAAGUGGGUUGGACAUGAAGACGAGGUCAAUGCAGUUCGAUGGGACCCCACAGGACAAUACUUGGCUUCAUGUUCUGAUGAUAUGACGACCAAGAUUUGGAGUAUGGCAUCCGAUGAACCUAUUCAAGAAAUCAAGGGACAUAACCUCCAGAUUUACACACUGCAGUGGGCACCUUACUCACAAAAAGAUACAUCAAAUAACUCACCGAGAAUAUUGGCUACCGCUAGUUUCGACGCCACAGUUCGCAUCUGGGAUGCACUCAAAGGAACUUGCCUACACGUCUUGAAAAAUCACAGCGAAGCUGUUUACUCCAUCUCAUUUAGCCCUGAUGCUCGUUUGUUAGCGUCUGGUAGUUUCGAUGAGGUUUUAAAUGUGUGGGACGCCAAGGAUGGCUCAUUGAGAAAGACAUUUAAAGCAGAUGGCGGUAUUUUUGAAGUGCAUUUCAAUAAGACUGGUGACAAAUUGGCAGCAUGCACUUCCAAUAAGCAAGUUGUCAUCUUGAAUCAUAUGAAAAACUAA